AUUUGAAGCACUUGGUUCCCCGCUUUUUGACUGCUUAAUUCUUCAGACUUAUCCCUUCAAACACAUACCACAUUCAACCAAAUACCAAGCAGUUAACAUGGCGCAACCAAUCACUUUCUCGCCAGCCGACCAAGCUCUUUGCCUUGCAGUCCUCAAGCAGGUAGAAGUGGGGAAAGUCAACUACGAACUCCUCCGCGUCGAACUCGGUCUUCCGUCAAAGAACGCUGCCCAGGUUCGCUGGUCUCGCUUCAACACCAAGCUCAAGGCAGGAGCUGGCGUGGUUAAAGAGCCGACCGAAACUGCCAAGCCCAAGACAGGGGCUCGACGAGGUAGACCACCGUCCACUGCAAAUGGCAAAGGUCAAGGGAAAGCGAAAGGAAGGGGCAAUGGUGCCAACAAAAAGCGAAAACUAAAUCUCAGUGACGAUGAGGAAGAGGCAGAGAUGUCGGAUAUCAAGGAUGAGGAGGAAGAUGCCGACGUAGAGGAAGGUGGUGACGACACGAGCUUGAUGACGCCCUUCCAGACGCCAACCAGAAAACUACCCACGAGACAGGUAAGGGUGCAGAGUUUCAAGGAGGAGUCUGAUGAAGAGGAAGGAGAGGAGGGAAAAGAGGAGGAGAUGGUGGACAUGGAGAAGGGAAUGGACGGGAAAGGGAAGGAGACCAACGAUGCUGCUAAUGGCGGCACCGACAUGGCAGGCCAGUCCGAUGAUGAGGUCUGAGGACAGUUUGUAUGGUAUGAGAAUAGUUGAGAUGGCUGUAUGGUGACGUAAAAAGAUGUAGCUGUAUGUGGGCUGUUAUCUUAAGACUCAAACGAGAACAAAUCGCAAUUAUCUUUCAG